AUGAAUAGUUUAUUAAAUAUUUUUUACAUUUUAGUUUCUAUCAUCUCAUUAUUUUAUUUUAUUAAUAAAUAUUUUUCCAAAAAUAAUAAUAACAAUAGUAAUAAAAAUAGCAUUAACAAUAGCAAUAAUAAUAGCAAUAAUAGUAAUAAUAACAACACUCUUACUCAACCUUCUAUUCCAACCAACAAUAUUAUAACUGCUCAAAUUCAUUGUAACCAACACCCACACCAACAACAACAACAACAACAACACCCACAAAAUGUAACCCCAAAAGAUCAAUCACCACAACUCCAAUCUAAUAACACAAGUGCCCAAUCACACAAUCAACCACAAUCAAAAUUAUUUGAUUCAAAUUCUUCCCAAUUAAAUAAUAACCCAAAUCCACCAAAAGAAUAA